CGUUGUAAGUGUUUUGAUUCCAUCUGCGACAUGUAGACGGGCAGCAAUUGUCAGUUUUUUCAUUACAUCACGUAGUGGAACUUGUUUGCAACUCUAAGACGCGAAUGGGACGUAUAGUAAAAUGUAUCCGGAACCGUAUAAUAGUGUAGAAGCAGUUAAGAAAAUUUGCGUCAACUUCGAACAUAUCCGGAGGGUGGACCUUGAUCGUGUCCUCCGACUGCUCAGAGUUGAAAAAAACGUUGCAAUCGUCGAUCAGUGUUCACUGUACAUGAUCUCUUUUAUAGCCGAGAUCCUGACGAAAGACAAUUAUGCGAAUAAUCGAGAAGUGUAUGAUGCCUGCAAAAAUUUGCUCGAUUUUCUCGCUGAGAAGAGCAAUAGUGAAAUAACGGGCUAUCAGCUAACCAACUUAUUGCAAUCGGCUGACCGCGACGAAACGUUUAUAAUUACACUGCAAGCAUUGGGGCCGACAAUGCGUAAACACCACCACCAGUCGUUCGAGAGCUGGCGAAGCCGUUCCUUUUCGAUCAUUAGAAGGUAUUUGGAGGAAGUCGAUGUUCCAAAUCAAGACCCGAAGAAGAUCAUCGAUUUAUACAAAGCCAUUGUAAAAUUUUACGAGACCACAAUUGAUGGAACAAAAAACCCGGAGCUGCUUAAGGGGAUGAUACCGCAUUUGAUUCAGCUGUUAGGAAAUCCACUCUGCUUCACACAAGAUGCCUCGAGCAAAAGCCUGGAUAUUGAAUUCGGAAAGGUUAUGCAAAAAACGGUUGCCAACAUAUUCAGAACUAUGGAUGAUCCCUUGGGGUUCCUGCAACAUCCGCCUUAUAUGAGAUUCCAUCCAGAUGAGUUGGCGAUUGCCCAUUUAUUUUACUGGGUUUACUGCGAGGGCGUUUGCCUGCAGGCAGUUCCCAAGGUAUACAGCCCCAAGUUCGUAUUCGAAUUAUCCGUCGCUUUGAUGUGCGCAUUACUAGAGAGCGAGCAUGAUGGGUUAGUUGAAAAGGCCAUCAAGUUGGCCAGUCGCCUGCUUAUUCCUCUUAAAGAGGAAAAAUGGUCUCAUCUGCUCCUGGAACUAGAAUCAACUGGACAGUUCAUUUCGCUUCUGGCCACCACAAUUGUCUAUAACAAUACAAGAGAAAUCAGGCAGAUGGCCCUAACGUGCCUCACCACUUUUAUAUUACAAUUCGACACCACAGGAGUGUACUUGAUAUUGAAGCACUCGCUGGCCGUACAAAGUCACAGUGGCCUCAAGGGGUAUCUAAUCACGCUCUACAAGGAUCUGAUCCAUCGAGAAUGGGGCGAUGAUAUUAGUGAAUACUUGAAAGGAGUCCAUUUAAAACGCUUUUUAAGCGCUUGUUGUCGUCUGAAAGGAGACGAAGACUCCAAUCUGUCGGAAGAUUCCGAACAAAUUAUAUCCGCACUCAACUUAAUUCGGUAUCUGUUGCUCAAAGACCAGAAUAAUGUCACUCAGGUUGCAAACUGGUUGGCCCUACUGGAAGACAGCUACCUGAAACCGUUAAAGAAAAGCAUCACGUUGUCAAGAAAUCGCCUUGAACAAGACAUCAGAACUCCUAUAGACGAUCAAACCAUGCCAAAAGGCGAGCUGAAUCUAAUGGUGGCCGGUGAAAAAGUGGAGCCGUCUUCUGAAGAAGAGCGAUUGGCAUCGCUCAAGAGUUCCUUAGCAGGCUUAGAUGUAAUUGAGAGUGUGUUAUCUAGAGUUGUGGAAUUGCUUGAAGAAAAAUAGUUUGUUUAUGUCCUUCGCACCGAAUUGCUUUGCUCACUAGAGCCCGGAAGUGCUGUAGAAAGUUGCUGUUUAAUAUACAUGGUAUUUCUUAA